GAGGCCGCAGAGACUCACAAUUCAUCCUCGUGCCAAAGCUAAGACAUCGCAACUUCCUUUUGUUUCACCAGUAGGAGCAGAGAGAGAGAGAGAGAGAGAGAGAGAGAGAUGAGCCAAACCCUCUUCUACGUGCGCGCAAAACUCGACCCCAAGUUCGUGCCCCGACCUUCUAUCCGCCCAAGAUUCAGUACCGGUCCAUUAAAACCAGGCCUUUUCGUCAGAAUUCCAUGUGGGUCUUCCUCGUCCGCAAGAUCAAGAACCUCUUCGAGAGCCGCCAUUGACGACCUCCGCGUGGCAGCGACGGAGAUGGACAGUUUCUACGACCUUUUGGGCAUUUCGGAGAGCGGGACGAUGUCGGAGAUCAGGCAAGCUUACAAGCAACUGGUCCUGAAAUACCACCCUGACGUGUCGCCUCCUGACAGGGCCAAAGAGUAUACCAAGAGAUUCAUUCGGGUGCAGGAGGCCUACGAGACGUUGUCUGAUCCGACAAGCAGAGCUUCUUACGAUCGAGAUAUGGCCACUGGUGGUCGGAAACCAUUCUGUUAUAAGCAGGUGUACAACAUGGCACGGUGGAGUGGAAGCUUCGGUGGGAGUUUCAAAUCAAUGAGCUACAAAGGAGAAGCGCCGAAAAAGAUCUCCGCCAUGAGAGCAUGUCCUGGGGAGCUCGAAUUCGCAGGCGAAGAGAUAGUUGAAACUGAUCACUCUAUAUGACACUGUAGAGAAUGAAAUCAACGGUCUUGAUCUAACACACAUCCCGCUCCAAUCAUCAAUAAAUUCACAAUAGGUGGCGAUGUGUUUCCACGUUAGCCAAGGAGAUCACAAAUCCCCUUUUCUUCAUAGUGACAUAAGUCACCCGCCACCCAGGCAAAACCUUCCAGCACUAGAACACUCCCAAAAUACUCACUGUGCAAUAUCCUACAAAAUGGAAAGUUUUAAGGA